GAAGGUCAUUUUUUGAGUUGUGGUUAGCAACCCGCAUUGAAAAGCUAGCUUGCUAACUUCCCUCACAGAAGUUUUACCAAAAUAGAUCAGUCUAACCUGAGUUAUUUUAGCAUCAUGUUAACUGCAAAGAUUAAUCUAUGUGCAUUGAAUAUAUACACUGUGUGUUUCUUUCUUUGUGUCUGCAUGUCGACCAGUGACGUCGGUCAGAAGCUGGACUACUCGCCCGUGUCAUGGCGAGAGUACUUUGACCAAAUGGAGGAUGUGAAUGUAGGCCUGGCCGAAAACCGAGACAUCUUCCGGAUUUACAAAGCAGGACACGAGGGCCCCCUUCUGGUUCUUCUUCAUGGCGGAGGACACUCGGCCCUUUCCUGGGCCGUCUUUACUACCGCCAUCACCGCCAGAGUGAAUUGCCGGGUGCUCGCCAUGGACCUCAGGGGUCAUGGUGACACUCUGGUACGCCAAUCAGAUGACUUCUCCACUCAAACUAUGUCCAGCGACAUAGCCAACGUUAUCCGAACAUGCUUCGGUGAAACUCCUCCCCCCAUUGUCCUGAUAGGCCACGGGGUCGGUGGGGCGAUUGCAGUGCACACCUCCAGCAAUGCACUGCUGCCAACCACUGUAGGACUGGUGGCGAUCGAUGUUGUCGAAGGAAGUGCAAUGGAGGCGCUUCACAGCAUUCAAAACUUCCUGAAAGGAAGACCCAAGUCCUUCAAGUCUAUGGACCACGCCAUUGAGUGGAGUGUCAAGAGUGGACAAAUCCGGAACCUGGAAUCUGCUAGAGUCUCAAUGGUUGGUCAGAUCAAAAGGUGUGAGAUGGAGGAGACGGACACUCUGGAGCAAGCCAGCCCAGUGAGCGACGUAGUGGUCGAACGUAACGAGGAGUUCUACGACCAAAGCUAUGAUAAAGAGAACACCGCCACAGAAGUGAGCCUCGGUGAAAGCCAGAGUGUGUACAAAUGGCGUAUAGACCUGUCAAAGUCGGAGAAGUACUGGGAUGGCUGGUUUCGAGGAACGUCCAACCUCUUUUUGGCAUGUAACCUGCCCAAACUCCUCCUGCUGGCUGGAAUUGAUCGACUGGACCGCGACCUGACCAUCGGCCAGAUGCAAGGUAAAUUCAUGAUGCAGGUGCUGCCACCUUGUGGUCACGCAGUGCAAGAAGACAAGCCAGACAAAGUGGCUGACGCCGUGGCUGCCUUUUUGUUGCGGCACAAGUUCGCCGAAGCCAGAAGAGAAACGAUUUAAAAGUGACGUUUGUGGUCUCCUGGUUCACGCGAGACCCUCAUUUUAUUUGUAUUGUCUGUGCAGCUAAAAUUCUUUCACAAGAUGAAGCCGACAGGUAAAUAGUCUUUUCUCAUGAAUAAGAAUGACCACUAUCGAAUCUGUACUAAUUUACAUGGUAACAAAGUGCCAACAUUUCUUUUUACAGACCAAAGGUAGUUUUUCGUACCUGACAGUUUCGACUGCUCACUUGCAGUAUUCCUCAGAGUGGUCACGUGAUGUUAGAAAAUAUGGAUGAUAGACCAAAUGAUUAUAAUUAUUAUAA